AUCGAGGCUCACCAACCAUCAACCAAGCAUGGCAACUAUAAACAGCCAUACCAUAAUGGACACUCCUAAAUAAACAAUCCCAUCAAACCAUAUUAUUAAAUUGCCUUCCACUUUCGAAUCUCUGUCCUAAUUUUUUUUUUUUUUCAUCUUAAACCAACUCUCUCUAUCCAUUCUAGUUUUCAAAUUUUCAUUCAUGAAUGCCCACCUACUAUUCCUCUUCUCCUAGAGGCAUCUCUCUUUCCCAUUCUUCUCCUUCCUCCUUCCUAGUUUCAGUUCAAUCUGCAUUCCAUACCCCAUCUUUCAAAUCUCAACUUUUUUACACCCAUUCGAUCUUUUCUUCCUUCUAUUUGAUCUUUGCACGUGUCAGCACUCUCCACAUGAGUUUCAGAAUGAUGACGAAUGGAGCACAGAAAACAUAGUUGGAUUUCUAUCAGCACCGGCAUCAAAACCAUCUUGGGGCAAAAGCAUUUCCAGGUCAAGAAUUUUCGGUCUAUACUUCCCAUUUUGUCAUACUGUUGGGGUUGUGAUCUGCACCAUGGCAACCACAUUAAAAGGAAUCUACAAGAGUAUCAAAUACAUCACACAAAUAUUUGUUUUGAAGGAGCGGGAGAUGGAAAUUGGGUACCCGACAGAUGUUAAGCAUGUGGCUCACAUUGGAUGGGAUGGCCCCUCAGGAACUGGACCCAGUUGGAUGAAUGAUUUUAAAACAGCGCCUGAUUUUUCAACGUCACUAGGUAACUUGGGUGAACUAAAUGACCCCAAUGGUAUGGCUGUCACCGCAUCAUGGUCCUCCCAAGAUUUUGAAGAGUCCACAGGAAGCCAACCAGCAUCAAACAUUUACAAAGGCAUCCCAUCUGCUGGGGUUUCUCAUGCUUCUAAGAAAUCCAAAAAGAAAAAGACCAAGUCACCUUCCUCUUCUGAGUCGCUAUCUGCUUCAUCAAGACACUCAAGAGCAACAAAGUCAAAGGCUGCAUAUAGUGACAGAGAAGCUACUCCAAUCUCUUAAAAGUAGCGGGUUCAAGACUAUGGAAUUGGUGGGAGAAAAAAAAAUUUCAUUGUGAAUAGCAAGAUUAUGCUCUCAUCUGGUGAUCCAUUAGGGGAAGAAAGAAAAUAAAGUUGGAUUUGAAAAUUUUCCUGCUAUUUAGUACAGAUCCUAAUCCGCAGAGAGAAAAACCAAAUUGCUUGUCUUUUUGUCUAAAGGCUGAGAAUACAAGUGAAAAACCCAACAGGAGGUUUUUCUUGGAUGAUAAAAUUUGGUCUUCUCUGAAUCAUAUGCAUCCUUAUAUUCGGUAGUUGUAUUGUCAGUUUUGCAGAUUUAAAUGAAUGGACAUGGAACAAGGAUAUACCAAUAGAUGCCUAUUUAACAAGAUUAUUAUGCUAGUAAUUGAUUAUUCUUGAAGUAGAAUGUAAUCAGCGUACUUAUAUACACCUGCAGAUUGGAAUGCUAGUGGCCAGAGAAGGGGAUUCCAAGUUGUUGGUAUCCUCUUUGCUGAAUGAUGUUCAUCACUCAAUUGGUCCUUCAAGGUGCAUUGUGUUGUAUGUUUUGCCUUGUUUGUACUUUUUAGUAGUCCAUUUAUACAACUUCUAUGAAGUUUUUUUCUUUAUAA